AUGAGUGAGCAGCAGCAGGAGCAGCAGCAGGGCCUGACGCUGGCCCCCUUCCGGUACGUGCUGAUCCCCGCCGACGACGCCGCGGCGCCGCGCGAGAUGACGUUCCCCGGCGGCAGCGACGAGGAGUUCCGCGCCUCGCUUCAGCAGUACUUCCGGCGGCAGCUGCUCUCGGAGGAGCAGCGGCGCGAGAUGGCGCGGCACCUCGCGGCGAGGAUGAAGGAGGGGGAGCAGCACGGCGAGACCGCGGCGGCGGCGGCGGCCCCCAGCAGCGCGCAGCAGCACGCCCUCAUCGCGGACUACUUGGAGCAGACCUCCUUCGAGAUCAUCCCGCUGCUCAUGCCGGGCCGCGGCAACGGCUUCGUCGGCACCUCCCUCUACAUCGACGACAGCGGCCGCUUCAAGGACCUCGCCCUCAACGCCCGCGCCAGCACCCUCGUCCAGCGCGACAUCCGCGGCGACGCCUUCCUGCUCUGCAGCCACGACGACCCCGCCCUCGACGCGUGGGGCCGCGUCGACUGCACCCUCGCCCACUACGAGACCCUCCUGCGGGAGCCGCCCGCGACGAGCUACGACACCGCCAACCGGGCGCAGAUGGCGUCCGCCGCGCUGCUGCGCGAGAACGACGCGAAGCGCAUCAGCGAGGCCGACGCCGCCCGGGCGCAGCAGGCGAAGGCGGACGGCAACGCCCUCUUCGCCGCCGGCGACCUCGCGGCGGCAGUACAGGCCUACGCGGAGGCCAUCGACCUGACGGAGGGGCGCAGGGAUCUGCUGCCGAACGAGGCCGCCGUCACCGCCCUGCGGCUCUCCGCGCUGCUCAACCGCAGCCUCUGCCUCCACCGCCUCGGCAAGAACGACGCCGCCGCCGCCGACGCGCGCGCCGCCCUGCAGCUCGACGCCGCGAACCUCAAGGCCCACCAUCGGCUGGCGGUGGCGCUCUGCGGCAGCCGCGACUACGCGGCGGCGACGGCGGCCCUCGACGCCUUUGAGCGCCUCGGCGGAGCGGCCAGCGACGUCGUCGGGGUGCGGCAGGCCAUCGCCGCCGGCGCCACCGCCCUCCAGAAGGAGCAGCGGCAGAAGUUCUCCAAACUGUUCGCCUGA